AUGUCUAACACAGAUUUAGCUACAAAUAGAAUAAUGGCUCGUCAGAAUGGAAUAGUCCAGCCCUUACUAACUGACUUGUACCAGAUAACAAUGGCAUAUGCAUAUUGGAAAUCUGGAAAAGUAAAUGAUGUGGCUGUAUUUGACUUAUUCUUCCGUACUAAUCCAUUUCAAGGAGAGUUUACUAUAUUUGCUGGCCUGGAAGAGUGCCUUAAAUUUUUACAAAAUUUUCAUUAUUCAGAUAGUGAUAUUGAAUAUUUAAUGCAGAUACUACCGGAUAACAUUGAACCUGAGUUUUUUGCCUAUUUAAAAGAUUUAACAUGUAAGGAUAUUAAGCUGAGUGCUAUAGAAGAAGGAUCGGUUGUAUUUCCAAGAGUACCCCUGUUGCGAAUAGAAGGUCCGCUUAUAGUGGCACAACUAUUAGAGACGACUUUACUGACCCUAGUUAACUUCGCAAGUUUAAUGGCUACAAACGCAGCGCGUUACAGAAUGGUCGCAGGCAAGAAUGUGUCUUUGCUCGAAUUCGGAUUGCGUAGAGCGCAGGGCCCCGAUGGUGGAUUAUCUGCGUCGAAAUAUGCCUACGUUGGUGGAUUUGAUGGAACAAGUAACGUACUAGCCGGGAAGAUGUUCAAUAUACCCGUUAAAGGGACGCACGCACAUUCGUUUGUGACGUCGUUUAGCACACUCGAUGACAUCACCUCAGUCAUGCUAAGACACGCGGAUUCGCUUGAACAGUAUAAUAUGUUGGAAUUAUCAUUAGAGUGGCGGAAACGCAUUUCAUCUAUAAUAGACGUGUCACCAGAAGAAGCAAGCGAUGGCGAACUUGCCGCUUUGAUGUCGUAUGCCAUAGCUUUUCCCACCGGAUUUUUGGCUCUUGUGGACACAUAUGAUAUGAAGAGGUAUAAUAUUCAAGGCUUACGACACGGGCAACGUAUGAAUGGGCAUUCCGGCUACAAUAGCAACUGUGGAACCAAUGUCACUAGAAUAAGCAACUCCACAGUUAUACGUAGUACAUAUGGAUAUAGCACGGUCGAACGCACAUUGAGGAGUGGUUUAUUAAACUUCUGUGCAGUUGCUCUGGCAUUGAACGAUUGUGGGUACAGAGCUGUGGGCAUUCGUAUCGACAGCGGCGACUUGGCUUACCUGUCGGUGUUAGCAAGGAGUACCUUCGAACAAAUCGCCGAAGUAUUCAAGCUCCCUUGGUUCUCCAAGUUGACCAUUGUCGCCUCCAAUGAUAUAAACGAGGAGACCAUACUUAGUUUGAAUGAGCAAGGACAUAAAAUCGAUUGCUUCGGAAUUGGAACGCAUUUAGUAACUUGUCAACGUCAACCUGCGUUAGGAUGUGUUUACAAGUUGGUAGAAGUAAACGGACAGCCUCGCAUUAAGCUGAGUCAGGACGUCGGCAAGGUCACGAUACCUGGUCAUAAGGAGGCAUACAGGUUGUUUGGAGCUGAUGGGCAUGCAUUAAUUGAUCUUCUCCAAAGGUCUUCGGAACCUGCGCCGAUUAUUGGACAGAAAGUGUUAUGUCGACAUCCUUUCCAGGAAUCCAAAAGAGCUUACGUCAUUCCAAGUAAAGUGGAACAUCUUUAUAAGGUAUACUGGAGCGAUGGGGGCAUUUGUAUUUCCCCUAAGCCGUUAUCUGAAGUGCGAGAACGGGUGCAGUCGUCUCUACGCACGCUCCGGCAAGACAUCAAGCGGAACUUGAACCCCACACCAUACAAGGUGGCAGUUAGUGAUGAUCUUUACAACUUUAUCCACGAUCUGUGGCUUCAAAAUGCACCUAUUGGAGAACUAUCAUGA